UAUAUUUUAUCAAUAAAUCCGCGGUCACACUGGUAGAAACAGAAAUUGUAAAAUUUAGCAAAACAAAAGAAGAAUGGAGCCCAACGAUGAAGUGGUAGAGCGCCAGAAACUCGUGCCAAACGAUGUGGAAACGGAGGAAGAAGCUCAAAGCCAAAGCGCACCGAAAUCAGCUCAAACCCCUGCCUCGCCCGCAGUGCCAAAUAUCAAAAUCAAAGGCAUAUCCAGUGGGGACACCACGCGUAGCCGAAACUCUGCCUCCUGUUCCAUAGAACGUACCAUAUCCGAGAAGGACAAAGAGAAGGGACAACAGCCCACUGCCACCAAGGUGACCUAUGUAAACGAGAAACGACCACGCCCCCAGGCCCAGGGCGGCAGCGGAGGUGCUGGCGAUGAACGCUUCGAGUUCAAGACGAGGCCACGCAAACUGCUCAAAGAUGGUGAUGCAUUGGAGCCCACACACAGCAGUGCAAAUAGUUUGAAUGCCAUUACAUUGGUCAGCAGCGAGUGGCUAUCCCCAGAUCCCACUAUCACCACCAACACCACAACCACCGCCACCAGCACCAUGAAUAACAACAACGACAGCACAAAACCCAACCACAACGACACCGACAUCAACAGCACGUGUAGUAAUAUUAAUUAUGAUAGCAACACGAAUACACCGCGUUCGCAGCGUCGCAAACCGCCAAUAGCAGCAGCGACAGCAGCAGCAGCAUCGAUGCCAAAUGCCAGCGUCCAUAGCGACAAAUUCGACGAUCGUCCAAUAAAACAUCAUUCCUUUGUCUCCGAAGUGCCCGAUGUCAAGCAUAUGGAACGUGCCCUCCUCGGUCUACUGGAUGACUUUCAUUCUGGCAAGCUGAAGGCAUUCGCAGGCUCUGGCUGCACCAUGGAUCAGAUGACCAAGAUACGAGAGCAGCAGGAGAGUCUGGCCAAAUUGCAUUUCGAACUUGCUGCCGCCGAGGAGGACUCCCUGGAACAUGGCAACGAGUUCAACACCAACAAGGCGCAGGAGAAUAUGCUGCAGCUGAUGCAGCGCCUCGAACAAUUGUCCAUCUCCAUUGAGCAGCUGCAGACAAGUCACACGGGUCUCUGAGACUUGGCCCAGCCCCAACGGGGGGACCAACGCCUGCUCUGGCUCUGAACACGAACACGAACACACAGACACACUUGCAAUGGGAUUCAACCAACAUGUUUUUAAACGAGAUUAGCAAAAGUUUUUCAUAGGAUUUUCAAUAUAGGAUUUGUGUAAAUAUCUAAGUUGUAUGCUUAAGUAGUAGGACAGAACUCGACGAUAAGCUUCUUAUGCUAACUAAUGUUUAGCACACUCGCAAUGAUUGUGAACUAAUUUAGAUUAUAUCUUUCGCCUAGCAUAGCAUAGCAAUAGUUUCCUCAAAGACAGGACAGUGCCAAGAUGUGGGUGCUACAAAAACAAAAACGAAAAAAAGUUGACCAUUAGAAACAUUGUUUGCGUUUCAUUUGAGUGCUACAAAA